UUAGGAUUAAAAAUUAAAUUCUCAUCUUAAUCUCAUCCGCAAUUCCCUCGUGUAAACUCCAAAUCAUACCAUACAAGCCGCAAGGACCGGAAAAUUCUCGAAUCGCCGCCGGUACGCUCACCAGCUGCUUCCUUCCCUUCGCCGCCGUUCGCCCCUCAGAAAUCCAUCACGGCUGUGCAUAGUGCACGCGAAAGCCCUAAAUCCAAGCGGCGGCGAGGAGCGAAGGGAAGGGGAGGGGAGCGCCGCCGGCCGUCGGGAAGAGGGGGCGGGCGGCGUCCGUCUCCCUCCCUCACCCCUCGCGUCCUUCGCUCUUCCGCCGGGAUGCAGAACCCUGGCGGCCACCACGCUAGCCCGGCCUCGGCGGCCAAGUCCAAGUCCUCGACCGCUGCCGCCGCGUCGGCGUCGGGCCAGGGGAGCUCCCACCACCACCACCACCACCACUCCGGCGGCGGCGGCGGCGGCGGCGGCGGCGCCGACGCGUCCGCCACCACCCUCAAGCGCAAGCGCGGCGUCUUCCAGAAAGACCUGCAGCACAUGAUGUACGGAUUUGGGGAUGAUCCAAAUCCGCUUCCAGAAACUGUUGCACUUGUGGAGGACAUUGUUGUAGAAUAUGUCACUGACCUGGUCCACAAGGCCCAGAACGUUGCAUCAAAGAGGGGCAAGCUCUUGACAGAAGAUUUUCUUUACCUCAUUCGCAAGGAUGUGCGGAAACUGCACCGUGCCACUGAGCUACUCUCCAUGAAUGAAGAGCUCAAGCAGGCAAGAAAAGCUUUUGAUGUGAAUGAAGAGACAUUGGCAACAAAUAACGAGUGAUUUCUCUUGGAGAAACCCCGGCAAAAACUAUGUGUAGUACGGAAACUAGUCGUACGAUGAUCAUUUCUCCUGCAGAAGAUGUGCAUCCAUUACAUUAUGUACUACAUUUUUAGGAGAGUAAUGAAACAUUGUGCAAACUGUCAUCCUAUUUAGGAGUAUUAAACCUAGGUUACUGACAAAAUCCAUUCCAUAACUCUUGGGCUAAUUUGCAAGACGAAUCUAACGAGAUAUAUUAAUCCAUACUUAGCGGAUUAUUACUGUAGCAAAACAUGGAUUAAUUAGGCUUAUUAGAUUUGUCUCGUAAAUUAGCCCAGGAGUUAUGGAAUGAAUUUUAUCAGUAAUCUACGUUUAAUAUUCUUAAAUAGUAAGAUUCUGGAGGGCUAAUUAUUAGCCAUCUGGAUCCAAACAAGGCUUUGGUUUGGUAUUGUUAUGGGAUAAGAUAAUCAUGUUUGGGGCAAUUGCGGGCGUGAAUGCCUGAUCGGCAGCCGCAACCCAGGCAGCCGAUGGCAUUUGGUAAUUACCUUUUGUUUUAAUCUAAAGUCCCAAACGAUGGUAUUA